UCUUAAUACAUAAAAUUUUUAGUCUGUGAAGUAAUGUCAUCAAUGCCAAAUUAUAAUUUUCGAAAUAAUGUUUAAAUAUUUUUACGAAUGAUUUAAGACAUUUUAAUAUAAUUUGUAUUUUUGAGAGAGUUAUCAUUUUUCUAAAAAUGCAACGAACUUUGUUUUUCAAGAAAUUCUUGAUGCCGUGUGGGCUAUGUGCUGCAGUACCAGCAAUGAAACCCCCAAUUCCUGAAGAACAUCCUGCACCUUGUAGUAAUGAAAUACAAGGAAAGAAAUUAAUAAAACCAUCAGAAUUACCCAUUUAUUCUAUCGAUGAUGGGUAUACUAAGCAGAUGCCAUGCAUACAAUAUCCUUCUAUUGUGGAAGAUAAUAUUAGAAAAAUACGACAAACAGUGAGUGAGAUAAAACUUACAAUAGAUAAGAUUUCUCGCGAUAUUUCAAGUUCUUUAGAAAGUCUCAAAUUUAUAUCCGAUUAUCUUCAAGAUCAAGCCAAUCUUAUGCCACGAAUAGGAGCUGUUGGUGUAGGUGGCUUAUCAGGAUUAAUAUUAAGUCUUAGAGGAGGCAUAUUUAAACGAUUAAUGUAUACAACUACAGGUGCUGCUAUUGUUGGUUGUGUUUGUUUCCCUAAAGAAACAAAGGAAACAGUUAAUACAAUGGAACAUUAUGGAAAUGUUAGCUACAAUUUCAUUUAUGGUGUGAAACCAGGAGACAACAAAAAAGAAAUUUCAUUUAAUGAAUUUCCAUUAGUGAAAAGUGUGCUUGAAUCAGAAUAUUUUCGUAUGUUAGUUCAAUUUUUUGAACAAAAAACAAAUGAUACACCUACUACAACUGAUGUUGUAUUAACUGAUACAACUGCAAAAACGGAGUCUUAGCAGAAGCUCACGACAUUUCAUUUCAUCAUAAUAAAGAAGAUUUAAAACCUCUUGAUUCAAUAACACCAACAGAAACCUCUCCUAUAGAAGUACAAAAUUCAAAAACUUCAAAAUCUCUCAUUAAGUAGAUGUUUAAUAAUAUAG